AUGGAGAAAAAGGAAAUUCCGUUUGAAAAGUCCUUAGCAGCCGUAGAAGAGAACAAGGCAAUCGAUCCCUGCAGCUCGCAGUGGCUACUCAUUUGGAUGUACGGAGCAUAUCUAGACGAGAAUUUUACCCCGGAACAGAGGAAGAGCAUCGAGGUAUUCUACAAGACAAUGCCAGACUUGUGCACCAACGCAAAGCAGUGCUUCCGGAAAUUCGUAGACACCGUCCCCCCUCAGGCCGAAAAUAGGCGCACGUUGAUGGGAUGGAUACAAAUGGCAGAGAACUCCUGCAGGACACAAAAUGGUCUCAAACCAAAGCCUUUCAGGUAUGUUGAAUGUUAUGUACGUAGCAAAGCGGAGGACUGGACGACCAACGGGAGCUUAAAGAAGAGUGAUGGCAAGAUGCCAAGCAUCGAGUUGUCUAUUCUGGAGCUUGGAUCAUCUUGA